CAUUGCUGGUGAGGCGAGUGCGUAGGUGUUGUGCGAAUAGCCUAGGCUAGCUGUCUGUAGCCGCGCUGCUAUCGCAAGUAUCGCAUAAUCAGUUGCUACGUUUAUACACCAGCAGGUUGACGUCCAGUGUUUUCGUUUUAUUUACACCAUUAUAUUAAAUUAAAUCAAGUUUCUGUGCGAUAACUUUACAAUGGCAGAGAAGCAACUGAAAAACAGAGUUUGCAUAAUCGGUUCAGGGAACUGGGGAUCAGCUAUUGCUAAAAUUGUUGGCAAAAAUGCGGCCCGGCUACCUAACUUUGAGGACACAGUUACAAUGUGGGUGUAUGAAGAAAUUAUAGAAGGGAAGAAACUAACGGAAAUCAUUAAUGAAACACAUGAGAAUAUUAAAUAUUUGCCCGGACACAAAUUACCUGAAAAUGUUGUUGCCAUUCCAAGCGUAGAGGACGCGGCGAAAGACGCGGACAUCCUAAUCUUCGUGGUGCCUCACCAGUUCGUGAGGACGAUUUGCUCCACCCUCCUCGGCAAAAUCAAGCCUACGGCUGCAGCGCUGUCUCUCAUAAAGGGCUUCGACAUAGCGGAAGGCGGUGGCAUUGACCUCAUCUCGCACAUCAUCACGAGAUGUCUGAAGAUUCCCUGUGCGGUGCUCAUGGGUGCCAAUAUCGCUUCCGAGGUAGCCGACGAGAAAUUCUGCGAGACGACGAUAGGCUGUCGAGAUGUGAUGCUUGCUCCGACCAUGCGCGACAUCAUCCAGACAGAUUACUUCCGUGUAGUUGUGGUCGACGACGAAGAUGCUGUCGAGAUCUGUGGCGCGCUCAAGAACAUCGUCGCAGUGGGCGCCGGCUUCGUCGACGGCCUCGGUUUCGGAGACAACACGAAAGCCGCCGUCAUCCGCCUGGGUCUCAUGGAGAUGAUCAAGUUCGUGGACGUGUUCUACCCCGGCUCCAAGCUCAGCACGUUCUUCGAGUCCUGCGGGGUCGCUGACCUCAUCACCACUUGCUAUGGUGGCAGGAACAGGCGAGUGGCAGAAGCGUUCGUGAAGACAGGCCGCUCCAUCAAGGAGUUAGAAGACGAAAUGCUCAACGGACAGAAGCUGCAGGGCCCCAUCACCGCUGAGGAGGUCAACCAUAUGCUGGCCAACAAGAAUAUGGAAGCCAAAUUCCCCCUGUUCACCUCGGUGUUCCGCAUUUGCCGUGGCGAGCUGAAACCGAGCGAUUUCAUCGACUGCAUCAAAAGCCACCCCGAGCACAUGAAACAGCAAGCGCCCAAAUGCUCUCUGUGACCUGAAUGAAGCUUCAAGUGGCACCCAAUCUGAUAUUCAUCCGAUAUUCAUCUGAUAUUCAUCCAUCAUCUAUAAACAUCAUCUAUUCAUUGGAUUAUUUUCAGUAGUUAGCCCAAAGCUCAGAAUCCUAUAGUUAUUGGUAAUAGCAAUUUUUAUCCGAUAACCAAGUUUUUAAUUGUGUCACCGACUUUCACAACGUUUUAAUAUGCACUUUGAAAAAGAUUUGUGAGUGUGCACUGGAAAACGUCCCACUUUGUCGAUUGUUAUAAAGCCGCUUUGUCAGUUUAUUAAUAUAAAGACACAAGUAAAUCUCGCCUUAAUGGUAAACGACAAAGUGGGACGUUUUACUAAACACAUUCACACACAAUUAUAUUAUAAUUUUAUCGUAUUUUUAGUGUGAAUUCAUAUACCAACAGAGAUAUUUCUCUUCGCGUGUUGACAUAAAAAGACACUUUUAUGCUUAUAUGUUUAGUAAAACGUCCUAUUUUGUCGGUUACCAUUAAGGCGAAAAUUACUUGUAUCUUUAUACGAAUAAACUGACAAAGCGGCUUUAUAGCAAUCAACAAAGUGGGACGUUUUCCCGUGCACACUCACAAUUAUGGGCUCAUAAAUAUUCUACUGCUGGAACAGUAGACAAUAUUUCGUAUGUUUUUUUAGAACUAAAGGUAACUACUGGAAAUAAACCGUAUAUCGAGCACGUGCUAAAUACAGUAGGUACUCUGUGUGCAUUAAGAUAAAUAUAACUAAGUGCACUCAAAUACAAGCCCGAUUGAUAAUCUAAUAUAUUUCAUAUAAAAAUAGAGUUAGUAUACCAAACAAAUCAAUGUGAGCAGAGUACAUACUAAAAAGUUUGUUUGUUGUCAAAGCAUAUUGAAAACGAUCAUAUUAGUUUUCAGCACAGACGGUGUUCUUUUUACGCACUACGCUCACUAGUGCGAGAAGUGGUUCAUUAUUAUGUCAGGUCGAAACUUCGGAGGGCCAUCUGUACUGAAAAACGUCGUACGAUACACGUGCAAAAAGGAAAUUCGAACUUCCUUUUUACGCACUUCUAUCGUAAUCUACUGUUUUGGUCGCACUUAAAAAGUUGUAAUGUCUGAAAUGAUUUGUGAUCGUUCUUACGCUUUGAAAAUAGUCUUAUUAAGAUCAGAUAUCGUAAGGGAGGCUCUGUUAGUUGUGAUAGUAAGGUAUUGCUCCUUUUACCGUAUUUGAUCUUUGACAACUAAUUAUCACUUAAAACGUAGAUUCUAAAAGCCUAAAACUCAGUCAUAUUAGUUAUCAAUAUAUGCACAAAAGUCUCGUGAUUGUGACGUGUAAGCACUUCCGAUUCGCAUUAACCAGAGACAACUAAGUAAUAAUUUUUUUUAUGUAACACGUUCGUCACCAAGAACCCGGCUAGGCACUCGUAAACUUUGCUCGGAUGACCCGCUGCGCGGGUUCUCGUUAUUCAAGCAGGCGCCGUUUUUUUGUAUAGUAGUGAGUGAAUGUGUUAAAUACAACUUAAAAUUAGUCUAGUGCCAUAACACAUGAAGUGUGAUAGAAUACACAAAACUAGACACUUUGGUACUUACUGGAAAUGUUGAAUUGUAUUGUAUAUGAAUUAGCUGUUUAUUAUCGGUUGUCUCUGUUGUUAAAUUUACUGCACGCCUGUUUUGAAUGUGUUUCUCUUUCUGAAUCUAUUGUAUAUAUUAUGUUUGUCUCGUUUGUUUUAAGAAUCAAUAACAAUAUUUUGUGCAUUAGCGUAUCUCAUAUGCUCGGUCCCGUUAUAAUGGUUGAAAUUUCAUUUGCCAUGAAAGUUUUAACUUUUAUCGUGUAAUAAAUAAGUUAUAAUUUCUAAGUUAGAAUCGGUUAGGGUUUAAGUUAAUGACACUUUUUCUGUAUGUCUUUCCCAUCACGGAACAAUGGUGUUCCGGACCUUUGGGAGGCGUGCGCGGGGCCGAAGCCAACGCGUAGAGGCCCUUUCGACACUUUAAUGAAAUGUAAGGGGUACACCGAGCGGAUG